AGCAGGGAACGACGUCGGACCAGAAACACAGGUCACAGCAACACCCGGACACCGAGAGGGACGGACGCAGUUCCGGUGGAGGGCACGUCCGAAUGGAAGGAGCGGCAAGAACACGGGUCCAGUGACAGGUGCAAAUUGCUGCCUGCUGUCAUUUUGGUGAAGCUAUAAUGUCGAUGCUGUCGAAUUACGCACGGCGUAUGAUGCGCCUGAGCUCACAGAUCUUUCACGAGGUUGUGCGACCCACUGAUGAGCGUUCGAUGAAGGUGGUGAAGCUGUUCAGCGAGCAGCCUCUAGCCCUGCAGAAACAGGUCUAUGACUGGUACCCUGCGCACAAUCAGUACUAUGCUCUCAUGAAGAAGCUGCGAUUGUUCGGUUUGUACAGGGAUGAGCACGAGGAUUUCAAAGAGGAAAUGAGGCGACUCAGAAAGUUGCGAGGCAAAGGGAAGCCGAAGAAAGGAGAGGGCAAGCGAGCCCUGAAGAAGAAAUAGAGGUGGAUCGGAUCCGGCUGCAGACGCACCCUCUGACUGGUCAGCUACAUCUGGCUGCCUCUCCCUAACUGCCCCUUUCUGUCAGAGUACUUUUAUUUUAAAAUAAAUGUGAAACGUGUCUUUGUCAUGUUUCUGCCCUUCUACCUUUCCCUUUCUCUUUCCCUACCCCUAUCCUCUCUCCUCACAUUACACGUGCUGUUCUAUAUUCUAAAUGAAGCAGAGUUCUGGACCAAGCCUUGGAUUCAGGGGAGCAAGUCAAGCCAAGCUAAGCUACUCAAUCACACCCCCCUCCCCAGUUCCUGAUUAUGCGUUGGGUGCAGGUAUUAACCCAUGGAGAGUGGAAGCUGCCAAGUAGUAUGCCAGGUUAGUUGAUGUGCCCCCAGUUAACUUGGCUUCAUUCAAGAUACCAUGACUAAUGAGGGCACUCUUACCUUGGGACUGGGAUGGGCACAAAUCUGUCAGAGAUCAUUUCCUUGAUUGCCAACCAGUGGCCAAUAUUGGGUAGAGACAGAAUUAGCAGGAGCUCUAAUCCCUGCCUAUGAUGGAAUUGUCCAGGAGUGUUCACUGUCCAUACUCCCUUGGUGGUGAGUGAUUAUUAAGAUGAGGCAGUGGAUGGAUGGCACUGCCUGUGAAAGCAAACCUACGGACUGUUUUGGGAGAGGUGAAAGGCAACUGAAACAGGCAGCUCGAAGCCCGUGCCAAGAGCAGCAGUUGAUCACAGUGUCUGCCUGAGGUGUGGAGUGCAGGGAGUAACAAAAAUGAAAGCUGUGUCUUGUUUCCUGAGGAAGCACAAACCAACUGCACCACAGCCAUUUCAGCUCUGAUCUGGUUCUCCUGCUCAAUGUAAAACAAAACUCGCCUUCUCCUUUUCUCUUAUCAAUGUCAUUAUUUGUGCUUUUUUCCCCUCAAUCACUCACUCACCCUCGUCAUGUUCUUCCUGUUAAUGUAGCAUAGCUCAUCCAAUUAUGUCACAAUAUGAUAAUAGGGAAAGCAGAAGUGACCAAUCCCAAGAACUAGAACAAGGAUUGAGCCCUUCCCUUUGGUGUAAGUAAGAACCACAGUCCAACCAGUUGAGCUGAUAGCAGCCCAUAGUAAGGGCGUGGAAUGCCCUGCCUGCAAAAAUAGUAGACUCGCCCACUUUAAAGGGCAUUUAAAUGGUCAUUGGAUAAACAUAUGGAUGAUAAUGGAAUAGUUUAGGUUAGAUGGGCUUCAGAUUGGUUUCACAGGUCGGCGCAACAUCGAGGGCCGAAGGGCCUGUACUGCGCUGUAAUGUUCUAUGUUCUAUGUUCUAUAUGCCCCUUCAAUGUCAGGUGCCUAAGAGAGAGAGGGGUAUUGUGUACUCAUUUGGAAGCCGUGCUUUUGUUUCUUCUGAUGAAUUGAUGGAGUACUAGGCAGCUUGUGAACCAAUAAUUGGGUUGAAUUGGAAGGUUCAACUACCUCAAAUCACUGAGUGUUAGGACUGCGUGUGUGAGUGGGGGUGUGAGUGGGGUUAGCUGAUGAACUCUUGCCCAUUGUGAUUACAGCACAGUGACCUGACCUGAAUUGGUGGCUGCCCUCAGUACAAAUGCAUUGUAAUAAAUUCUGCACUGUAAUAAAUGCUGAAUUGUCUUUACAAUCUGUCGGUUGUAAGCUGAAUAAAGUGUGGUAAAAUCUCA